AGAUGAAUGAGAAUGCAUAGUACCAAACAUCAUCUUCCAUGAAUGGACCGGACAGGGCAUCCGAGCCCGGCCUACAAAAGCCCGCAGACUCGAGCUGCCGAGCCGACAGCCAACUCAGAUCAGAAUCCCGAGUCGAAGCGCGUGCGCACUACGCUCCCCGGCGCAGGUUAGCACAUUGGCCUUUAUGUUCUGGGUCCUUCCUUCCGAUCCUCCUCUCCUUUAUCUUCCUUAUCCAACCCUAGAUGCCCCCUUCCCCCCCUCUUGGCCGCCUCUGCGCUCUCAGGAAUCGAGAUCUCGGAUCGUCGCGCCUCUGCUUCAUCGAUUCAGCUCGCCGCGAUCUCUCAGGAAAUCGAGAAUACGGUCAAUCGGACCAUAUGUCUCCAUAGCAGCGAAGAGCAGACGGAUUUUUGAGUGGUAUCUUCGCGGAUUGCCCUCAAGUGGGUCGAUUUCGAAGGAAAUUUCAAUUUUGUUAUUGGCUGUUUCGGGAACCCUAUCUAUCGGAGGAGGUGAGAAAUCAAGGUCUGAUCGAUCAUCCGUUCAUUGAUAGCGGUGAACAGAAUGAUUUUCGAGCGGUAGAAGGGAAACCCAAUUUCCUGCGUGAUUUUGCACUUUCUCUUUGGUAAGAUUUCAAGAGAUUGGCUCAAGAAUGCGAGGAUACGAAGAUGAUGAGUACGAGGAUUAUGAUAAUUAUGAGGAGGAAGGGUACGAGCAAGAGGAAGGCGGUGAUGAAGAAGAUGAAUAUGAAGAGGAAGAAGAAGAGCCAAAGCCCACCAAGGAGGAAUUGGAAUAUUUGGAGUUGAGGCAGAAACUGAAGGAAUCUAUCAGGAAGCGGAUGAAGAAGGCAGCUUCUGGUUCAGAAGAGAUAAAGAAAGACAAUUAUGGCUCUUUCUUUGGCCCUUCUAAACCUGUCAUUGCACAGCGAGUGAUUCAAGAGAGCAAGUCAUUGUUGGAGAAUCAACAUUUGGCUGCCCGAUUGUUGAAGUCCCAUCAGAAUGGUAAUAAGAGUUCUUCUUCAAGACCUGAUGGUUCCAAGCCUGGAGUGCGUCCCCAAGCUCCCAGAGUAAGCCAGCUGAAACAGAGAGUUCAGAAAAUAAAAGAUACAAGGGACUACUCUUUUCUAUUAUCUGAUGAUGCUGAGCUCCCUGCCUCGCCCAAACAACCUCCACCACGAAGUAUCCCUGCUCCCAGUUUGGAUGCUCGCUCAGCUAAAUUAUCGUCUCAGAGCAGACUUAACCCAGGGAGCAAUAGCAGACAUGUAAAUGGUGGUCGUGAAGAAAGAAGACCAGCUUCAUCUAAUGGUCACAGUAACCCUAGACCAGGCUCCUCUAAUGGUCACAGUAAUAAUAGACCUGGAUCUGCUAAUGGUUAUAGCAACACCAGACCAGGCUCUGCUAAUGGUCACAGUAACCUCAGACCAGGCUCCGCUAAUGUUCACAGUAACCUCAGACCAGGCUCCGCUAAUGGUCACAGUAACCUCAGACCAGGCUCCGCCAAUGGUCACAGUAACCUCAGACCAGGCUCCGCUAAUGGUCACAGUAAUCUUGGAGCCGGACCAAAUAAGUUGUCUUCUGCUAGUAAGCCUCAGAUGGCAGCCAAUAGGAAGCAGCUCGGUAGCAACAGUGGGAAUGGGCCUGGCCGGCCUGCAGUUUCGAAUGGGUUGCAACCAAAGAAGCCAAUUCCACCCCCACAGAGAUCUUCUCAAGGUUUGAAAAGCUCUGUUCCUGCUGGGGUGAAACCGCCAGCCACAAAGAUGCAGUCCUCUGCUUCGAAGUACCAGGUGGAACCAAGAAGAAAUGUGCAGCAACCAAACAAGGGCAAAAUUUUAUCUAAACAUUCGGUUGCUUCGACUAGACCUCAGGUUCAAGCUCAGAUGAGCAAACCUCAGAAGCAAAUCCCCUCUCAUAACAGACUGCAAGAUCAGAGGCCCAAGAAAAGGCCCAGCAGACCAUUCCCUGAAGACGACGAUGACAAUGAUGCGGCCAUCAGUAUGAUCAGAAAAAUGUUUGGAUACAAUCCGCAAAAGUUUGCUGGUCGUGAUGAAGACGACAGUGAUAUGGAAGCAAACUUUGACGACAUCAUGAGGGAAGAAAAGAGGAGUGCGAGAAUCGCCCAAAAGGAGGACGAGGAACAGCUGCGCUUGAUAGAGGAGGAGGAAAGGCGCGAACGCGAACGGAUAAGAAAAAAGCGGAAGAUGGGAUAAAAGGCUAAGAUGUUUCUUCUAGAGAUUUGAUCAUCAGAAGGCGUGUCUUGUAAUUGGUCCAUCUCUCUCUAAUGGAAGCAAUAUCUUCUUCUGGUGAAGUCGAUUUAUUUUUCAAUUCUUAGGAAAGAAAGAAUGUACAGCAGUUUACUGAAAUCUUUUUUUCUUAGGGAAGGUGUACUCUUUUUUUUUGACCGGAAUCACAUCAAUUUGCCCUCCUGGCCAAAAAGGCCUUGCUUUUCGGAGAUAA